UUUCGCCUCCUUUCUAUUCGGAAGGAUAGGCUAUUCGCAUCGAUUGAUUAACGACGGAUUCCCAAUGUGGCUUCCAGAGCUGUGAUACUCUCUUGCAUAGCCUGAACCCACGUUCGGAAUCGCAACUCAGACGAAAGAGCGAAUGAAAUUGUGCCAAGCGAUCCCACGCGGUCACGAGACCACUUCUCGUGAGACGCGCGUGAUUAACAACUUUCUUCAUUUGCCCUGUCAGUUAUUUUUGGGUGCGGCCGAACGACCUACUUGCGGAGAUGAGUCUACGAAGCAACACCUCGUCUCUCACCACCCGCCGCUCAUCUUGCACCACACCAUCUCGAACGAACCGUCCACGAUGUCCGCCGCCAGCCCGAAAGUCGCCGUCGUCACUGGAGCCGCGCAAGGCAUCGGCCGCGGCAUCGCCUCCAAGCUCUCGUCCGACGGGCUCGCCGUCGUCGUCGUCGACCUCCCCACCAAACUCGAUGCGCUCACGCAGCUCGUCGACGAGCUCGGCGGUGCGUCGAAGGCGCUCGCGCUCGCGUGCGACGUCUCCAGCGAGGAGCAGGUGCAGCAGGCGAUCGACCAGACCGUCCAGACCUACGGCCGACUCGACGUGAUGGUGGCGAACGCGGGGAUCGCGGGGCAGGGCGGCUCCGUCGCGGAAGCAAACGUCUCGGAGUGGGAAGACCUGUGGCACGUCAACAUCCGCGGGACGCUCCUGUGCUACAAACUCGCGGCCCAGCAGAUGAUCAAGCAGGGAUGGGGAGGGCGCAUCAUCGGCGCAUCCUCCGUCGCAGGCCAGCGCGGCAUCGCGGGCCUGGGCGCGUACUCCGUCUCCAAGGCCGCAGUCAAAUCGCUCACCCAGACGUCCGCACUGGAGCUUCGCGAACACAAGAUCACGGUCAACGCCUACGCGCCGGGUCUGAUCGAAACUCCAAUGACGGUCGGAUUCAUGGCGCGUCGUCAGGCAGCGGCGAACCUCACCGACACCCGAAAAUACCUCGGCCUCGGCUCGGAACUGAGGGUAGGCACCCCAGCAGAAAUCGCCGCCCUCGUUUCGUAUCUGGUCUCCGAUGCAGCGUGGUUCGUCACAGGCCAGACCAUCUCAAUCGACGACGGCGCUCACCUCUGA